CCCACAAUGUGCAAAUGGAAUCUUUAAAAAAACGAAUUUUAAAAAGAAUUGACUGAUGUAUUAAAAUGAAAUGCUUUGUUGGCCUGCGAUAAGGUAAAGAGAUGUCACUGAUUAUGUUUGGGCCCAAGAUAAACCGAGCCAACCUUAUCAGUGUGUGUAGUGACGGCGCCACAAGACGUGGAGAGCUUUGGUAGAAUGGCAUCAAGGCUUUUCGUGUUGAGCUUUGUCUGUCUCUUCAUUCAAGUCUGUUUCACGGGUGAGACGAUGUUGCUAUUUUGUUGUUGUUGUUUUUUUGUUGUUGUUUUUUGUGUAUGUGUGGGAGGUGGGUAUUUUGUUUCUUAGUUGUCUAAGGUUGACCCAACCACAAAGCGUGGUUUACAGGUAUCAAUGUGGUGAUGCUCAUCUACUUUGUUUAGGCGUACACGUACACAGAAUCUCGUUCGUCAUUAAGCUAACUAUUACCAAGAUGUGUCGGAUUAAUCAUAUUAUUAUUGUUUCAUUAUUAUUGUUAUUGCUAAAAUUAUUCAUAAAUGAUCAUUAUUAGUAGAAUUUAAUUGAUUGGAAAUAUUAAUAUUAUUUAAUUAAAAAAAACAAAUACUCAUCAGGUAAUGAUUCUUUUAUGAGACCGCAAUGAAUCAACUAAGUAUAAAUUGAAAAAAAGAAGAUUUUUUAAAAAGAUGCCUCGGUUGAUCAUUUUGAACAAAACAAAACUUAAAUUUUUACAAAUUAAUAUAAUUAAUAAAAGCAAAAUAAUUGUUUUACUUAAGACCGGACUUUGCUGAACCUUAAGCGUGAUGGACAUGCAGACAUGCCUCCACAUUGAAAAGUUUACAAUAUUUCAUGAAGUCACACGUGAAACAAAAAAAAAGAAGAAAAAAAAAAAAGAUAUAAAUGGGUCUUGUUUAAUUGUUAGCGAUUGAUUUUUGUAUCCGCAAUGAUGUCCCUUGAUAAUUCCCGAAUAAUGUUCUAAAAGAAUGUGUGAUGUAUGAUCUUGGUGGAGUCGCUCAUUACGUAACAAUAUCAGUCUUCCUCUGACGGAUUUCCUGUGACAAUUUUUUUUUCCCCAGCAUCCAUUAAAGUGGUUCUGCAAGCCACACCAUCCACCAUCCAUCCGCUCCUCACGCGGUCAUUACGCCUACGAUGCUCACUGCAACGUCAGCAGCCGCUGCAUGACAAUACAACAAAUUCAAGCUUAUCGGAUGUAGACCAAGCAGACGGUAACACGUCACAUGGUGACCUAACCCACGUGAUGUCCAUCGUCAUCACAAAAGAAAACGUGUCUGAUGGGCAGGGCGAGGAGGUGGCGAGUGUCUCUACCUUCGACGGACCUAUCACCGAACCUCCUUACUCGGGUUCGGUUCGUGUUGAAGGCAGCACAAACAACUCCGCCAUGUCUGGAGAGCAGGGUUAUCUCGAAAUCACGUGGACAACCCCACCUGACACAGUUUCCGGUCUGUACUCAUGCCAGGCGUUUGGCCUCAAUGCACACAACCAGCCCGUCGCCCUUAAGACGUCUGCUGCGAUAGCGUCAGAACUGAGCCUGUCCGAUCUCGUGACUUUUGUCUCUUUGAACUUCAAUCUCGUGUCUGAGCUUCAAACGAUGAUUGGGAGCCUCAACUCGACCCACGACCAGCGCGUGGCACGGCUAGAGCAGCAGUACGAGGACCUGAGUUUCGUCUACAACCUACGGGUCACCGAACUCGAACGGGCUAAUGCGGACCUGGUGCACCAGAUCUCAAGCCUCAACGCUACCUGCUGUGCGACCAAUCGAAACACAACACAAAGCGGUACCAUCCAAACUGGAAGAUUAAACUGCACGUCCACGGCUAGCUAUGUGACCUACUCCAGGCCGUUCUCGGAAAAGCCAAAAGUAUUCACGAGUGUGACUCAUGUAAGUCUCUUUUUGCCUGAUGGCACCAGUCAAGUUCGAGUGGUCGACGAGGAUAAGGCAGGUUGCACGAUAAUCUGCAACGUUCCUGACUCGGGCAUUGACGUUGUUUGGAUGGCGGUAGAGUGAUUCAACUAAAUAUUACUUUAUCUUGAAAAGCCGACUCGACGUAGGUAGAAAUUCAGUAUAUUAAAGCCAACUCUAGGCCUAUUUGUAAAUUGUUGAUAAUUUGUGUACAUUUAUUUCAAUAAAACUGACUUUAUGUGAAAGAUUGUUAUUACGACAUAUUAAGAAUUGCUCCUCAACCCUUGUCAUCCAGUUGCCCACGAGAACCCCCUAUUACCACUGCCCUCAACCAAGCUUCAACCAUGUACAUCUGCAUGGCUCUUUUUUAAAUUUUCCAACUUGUUAUAAAUGUUUUCACACAAUUACCGUGACUGUGCUUCGACCAACUAUUAUCAUCAUUAUAUUUGACUCCAUUUUUAACUUUAAUAAACUACAUACUAAAACAC